CUCCAAAGGGGGCAGUAGUCAGCCCGAUCUUUAACAGGUUUUUAAAUCAACCCGGAGCCUCUACAUCAUGUGCCAUGUACCGUUGUUCUGCUGGAUAGCAGCAACUGUUUUUCAGCAUAUCCUGGGUAAAGUCGGCCUAAAGUCUAGAUCUUUACCUACAACCCUUACUGAGUUGUACAUCCGUUAUGUAGUGAACCAAACAAUUGUCCGUUUUAAGAUUCAACUCAUGAAUGACAAAGAAAAUACUUUGAAGCAAAACAAAGAGGUGAUUUUCACAUUGGGACAGCUAGCGAAUCAGAACCUGUUCAUUCACAAGGUGCACUACACAGAACAGGACUUGAAGGACUGUGGUAUUAGUGUCACGGAUGCUGAUAAAUGCCCUGGCCUAUGUACUGAAGUUGUACAAUCAGAGCAUGGACUGUAUCCCAAGAAACUGUACUGUUUCAUACACCUGAGUGUUCAGGAGUUCUUUGCUGCUCUGUACGCAUGUCAUGAAUUUGAAAACCGCAGGAUUGACUCAGUUAAAAGCCUUAAUCAAAAAGAAGAAUGGAAGCACUUCCAUUGAUCUUUUAAAUUUUCUCAAAGGUGCCCUGGACAGGGCAUUAGAUAGUAAAGACACCUGGACCUUUUCAUACGUUUCCUUUUUGGGAUCUCUCACGUCUCCAGCCGAGACCUCCAGCCGAGACCUCCUUCAAGGACUUCUGGGAGAGACACCCAGCAGUUCAGAAUGCAACAAAUUCCAAAUUCCUGUAUUACAGUCCUGGAUCUGGGCCACAACAACCUGGGCAAUGGAGAGGUGAAACGCCUUUGUGAUGGGCUGUGGAACGCCAACAGCAAGUUGAAAACGCUGACUCUCAGCCACAACAAUGUUGGUGAGGAAGGUGUUGAGGAACUCUGCAAAGUGCUGAUUCGUCCCACCUUGAAGCUUCUGACCUUGGACCUCAGCUGCAAUGACCUUGGGGACGUGGGGUUGGAGUCCCUUGCUUUUGCCCUCCACGAGCGUUGCACACUGCAGGAACUGAGGUAUGUACAGCAGUGUCAAAUUAGACAAUGACACAUUAAGGGUGUGCCUUAAUCGCUGAACUCUGCUGACCAGUGGCUGCUAUAGAUGGUUCUUCAAUGUUCCUAGUUUUAAAGGUGAAAAUGUUUUUUAUAAUUAUUUUCCCUAUUAAUUUCCAGACUAUCUGGCUGUUUGAUCACAUUGCCGGAGACCGUGUCCUCUGUACUGGUCAUAGCUUUGAGGUCCGACCCCUUCCAGAUGAAAGAACUGGAUCUGAACUACAAUCUCCUCGGGGACAUUGAAUUGGAUUUCCCUUUUCAGCUGAAGCUGAACCUGGAGCACCGAGGAGAGAGCAGGAAUAAACCAGGUCUGCAGAAAUAUGCAUGUGAACUCACACUAGACCCCAGCACAGCGAACGGUUUCCUCGUUCUGUCUGAGGGGGGCAGGAAGGUGAGUUGCCAGAGGAAGGAUCAGCAGUAUCCCAUCACCCAAGACAGGUUUGAUAAAUGCAACCAGGUGCUGUGCAAGGAGAGCCUCGACAAGCGGCAUUACCUGGAGGUGGAGUGUCUACACAGAGUUCACAUAGGCAUGGCCUACAAGGGAAUCGACAGGAAAGGAACCGGUGACAGCGUAACACUAGGAUGCAAUGCCAAUUCUUGGACAGUGUACGCCUCGAAGUAUAAGGGCCAUACACAGCACAAAGACAUGCUACACAGGUUACAGAUCCCCCAAAUCAAAGCACAUGUGCCCUACAGAGUAGGAGUGUUUCUGGAUUGGCCGGCACGUUGUCCUUUUACAUGAUCAACCAAUUGGGCGCACUGACCCAUCUGUAUACAUUCCACACCACAUUCACUGAGCCUCUUUAUCUUGGGUUUGGACUGAACUCUCCGACCGCAACCGUUCAUCUCUUAUAGUCACAGCCUACGACAGUGGACUGAACUCUCCGACCAUCUCUUAUAGUCACAGCCUACGACAGUGGACUGAACUCUCCGACCAUCUCUUAUAGUCACAGACAUGUUUUACUGUGUCACAUGGUGGAGUGGGAGAGGGGUUUAGACAGUGGACUGCUGUGUCACAUGGUGGAGUGGGAGAGGGGUUUAGACAGGGGACUGCUGUGUCACAUGGUGGAGUGGGAGAGGGGUUUAGACAGGGGACUGCUG